AUGGCGUCCCCACCAGACGCAUAUGAGGCGACUUACAACACCCAGGCAGUAGUACUCAGAUCUCCAAGGGAGAGAAUGGCAGCCUACGAUCACGAACUACUAGAGACAGGCGCCUACGCUGACAUCGAAGUCGUCUGCGGCAACCGGACCUGGCACGUCCAUCGUGCAAUUCUUUGCAUGCGAUGUCCUUGGUUCGAUCACAAAUUAGGCCCUUAUGUGUCUAAGCCAUCAGAGAAGACGACUAUACAACUCAAGGAGUCCGUCGAGCACGUCGAGUGGUUGAUGGGCUUCAUCUACACAGGAGUCUGCCACCCGCCUCAACUCGAGGAGGAAGAGUUCUUCUUCACCACAUGCAUCGCCCUCUACGACUUGGGCGCCAAGUUCUCCCUCGUCGAGCUCGUCGACCACGCCCUCGCUCUGCUCGAGACUCAUUGCAGCCGCCAGGUCACUGUUUUCCAUGACAUGGCCCGCAGCAGCCCCCGUGGCUUUGUCGAUCACGAAUACCUCCACGGCUUGCUUGCGGGUCUCGAGAUCGCGUACAAGCACGAGCUGCACCGCCGGAGGGUCCGUCGGAUCCUUGUCGACUUCAUCUACCUGUCCCAGACUUGGUUUCUGAACUCCCAGCCCUUUCUGGACUACCUUCACAAGAGGCCCAAGUUCGGCAUGGAUCUGCUGUGCAAGAGGACGAUCCUGAUCCGGCCGGGUGGAGAUUUCGCGGCUUGA